AAUAAACAUGAUAAAAAUUUCAAGAAGCCUGAUUGUAGUUGAAAUCGUAUACUGAAUUAUUUUUAUAUGAUGAAUAUUAAAAAUUCAUUAGACGGGUAAUUGAUGACAUGAUUGGAGGUGUAGUGAGAAAACUUGGGGAAGAAAUGCUUUACUUUAGUCUUUAGGCAUACUCACUCAUGUAUAUAAAUAAAAUGGCAGACUAGUAUUGUUAUUGUUUGAGAGGUGUUAAAUUAUGUCAUUCACAGUGGUGACAGUUAAAUCUGCUCCUCUUUCAAUCCCAUGGUUUCGCUCUCACAAUCGUCUUGGUCGAAUCGCUCUUUCCACUCACCACGCUUCUAAUUCUAGUCAACGCGUCUCCUGUUUCUCUCUAUCUCAGGUUCAGCUUCCAUCAACUCCAUUUUCCUCUCUGUCCCGUAGUGAUUACAAUCGAAAUUUAUUUCAGAGUCGCAAUAAUUUCGCCCAUGGUCCUCGCACGUGGAUGCUUCCAAUCCGCGAUGAUGAUGAUGAUGAUGAUGACGAUGAAAAUGAGGAGGAUCGGAGUUGGGAACUGUUGGGGAGGUUCGUUCAGAAUGUGUUCAAGAAGGUUUCGAAGAGAGCGAGGAAAGCGGUUCGAUCCGUUCUUCCUUUUCCCAUCUCCACUCAUUUGGUGCGGUUUUCUGUGAAUGGGAUCCUGAUGCUGACGUUCUUGUGGAUUUUUAAGAUAUUUCUUGAGGUGUUGUGCACACUUGGAAGUGUAGUGUUUGUAAGCAUCUUAUUAAUCCGUGGGAUAUGGUCUGGUGUUAGUUUUUUACAAGAAAAUAGACGCCAAAAAAUGGAUGAACUAGAUAUGCCCAAUGCCUGGAAGUGGAAUGGUGCGCAGCCCGUGACUUGAGUAGUUCUGAAGACAUGCACAAACAAGUCACAAUUAAGAUUUAUUACUACUUGUGGAAGACAGGGAAGAAGUCGAAUUAGGGAAAUAACACCAGAGAAAAUUUUACACUGCCACUGGAAGCAUACCUUACUGCAAGUUUGAUUGACAUAGAAUAAAAAAUUAUGGGAAGCUGCUGAACAAGAUUCAGUUAAAAUAUUUGUGGUUUGUAUAAAAAACGUAUAGAAGCAGUCACUAACUUAAUUUUUAUUUUAUUUUAUUUACCAUUUUUAGAGCUAAUAAAAAGAUGAUUCAUAUGAUACAAUUCAUAUCAAAUGUAGUGUUAGUUUAGGAGAGAUCAUGUAUCUGCGUUAUUAUAGCCAGUAAGUUUAUAACUUCCUUUGCCAGAUGUUGUACUCUUGUUCAUUAUUAUUUUUUAAAUAAUAUAAAUCUGGAAAUUAAAAAG